ACACGUCAGGUUUUCGAAGAGUGUGUGUUGAUGUAGAAUACUGCUAGUUUUAAAGUUGUUCAUUAGUUAUCAGCAAAAAUGAUUGUACAUAAGGAUGUAUUUAUAGACUUAAAAUGAAGGUUAAUAUCUGUCAUGUGUAUUGGACACUGCUUUUCGUGUCAUUUAUUUCAAGCUGUCUCCUGUUUAUACUGGUGGCUACAGAAAGCGGUGUGACUGAUUUUUCUGUUAGAACUCUUUUUGACAAUGAUACAGUUGAUACUGAACAUUCAGCAGAUAACUCUGAAAGGUUACAGAACCACGGAGAACAACAUGAACAGACUCAUGGUUUAAAUACUAAUAAGAAAGAUGAAAAUCAAGAAGGGAAGAAACAUGAAACUGUGGCAGAAAUUCAUUCUAGUUUUGAAGAGGAGGUGUCAGCAAACAAUGUUGAUCAGCCACAAUCUGGGGAUGCUGCAUCAUACAUCAUUUCACCAGAGCCAGUAUCAGAUAUCACCACUGAAUUAUUUGAAACUGGACAAGCUGUGGUCUUUACCGUUGCGGAUACUGUCUCAGCAGAACUCCAAGAUCGCGUUGUGUCUCCAUCACAUCACCAUAAUGAAGGGCUUCUGAGUGAAACCUGGAAUGAUAACUUGAGUAUGGUGCCUUCAUCAGAGGAAACACAUAUAGCAAAACCGCUAGAAGAUGAACUACUUGCAAAUGGCGAAGAAACUUCAAAAAAUCUUUCAAUUAUGGAAGAUGUAGUUGAUGAUAAAAUCUUUCAAGAAAAUGAUCAACAGUAUGUAGUUCGCGCUGAACCAAAGAUAAUAGAAAUAACACCUCAGGCUCAUACAGAGAAGCUGGAAGAUGAACUGGAGGAGAUGGUUCCGGCUAAUGUUUCUGAAACUGCCACCGUCACAAAUGACAGUGUUAAGGAUGUAAAGACUGAAAAAGAUGGUGAUUCAGAAUUACCCAGUGCUGAAGGCUCAGAACAGGCUGUACCGUCGGAGGAUAUACCAUCCUUUAGUGAAUGGGCACAGAAACAACUAGCAGAAGCUGAAAAGAAAAAGAUUCAGAACUCCACGACUCCACCUACAGGAAGCCCAAAUCGUACCAGUGGAAGUCUAAAGGUACGAUCAAAGAAUUACGCGUCUCCUGACUGUGGUGCGAAGAUUGUAGGAACUAACCCAGAGGCUAUGUAUGCUGGAUCUAUAAUCUCACCAUCACGUGAUGAGUAUGUCCUCAACGCGUGUGCCAAUCGCUUCUGGUUUGUUGUAGAACUAUGUGAGGCCAUUCAGGCCAAAAAGAUUGACUUGGCCAAUUUUGAACUAUUUUCAUCCUCCCCACGUGAUUUCUCUGUAUCGCUGAGUGAUCGCUUUCCCAGUCGUGAUUGGAGGAAUGUUGGUCACUUUACUGCUCAGGAUGAGAGAGACAUACAAAGCUUUAACCUAGAUCCUCACCUGUUUGGAAAGUUUGUCAAGGUAGAACUACAUUCACACUACGGAUCAGAGCACUACUGCCCUGUCUCCCUAUUUCGUGUUUAUGGCACUAGUGAAUUUGAAGUUUUGGAGACUGAGGUUGAAGUUCAUGAGUCACUUCCCAAUAUGGCCGAUGAUGAUGAUGAUGAAGAACCUUUGGAUGUUGAUACAGGAGAGCCUCCAAAAACCCUCUUCGGUAGUGCACAAGAUGCAGUGAUGAGCAUAGUUAAGAAAGCUGCUGAGGUCUUGGUGAAAGCUGGUGACUCUCAGAAUGAUACCACAACUAAUGUUGAAGUGCGCAAGACCCACACUGAUGCUUCAGAGAGUGAGGACUGUGUUAGUCCUAGUCACAUUGUCGUGUGUGACAAUUGCAGUGAUGCCAUAUUUAGUAAAGUGUUCGACCUUAUCAGCUGCCGAGGGGCAUACUUACAGUCCCUGGUUGAUUGCCCAUUUGUGUGCAACAGUGUUCAGAACAGUAAACUGUGCAUGGAUUAUGGCUUGGAUUUUAGUAGCCAUCGCACAGGUGCACCUUAUCCCUUACGGCCUUCAACAAGUAGAGUUGAUUCUUUACAAUCAGACCAAAGCAACUAUUUAUCAGCAUUGCUUCCAGCAGAAUACAUUGCUGCUGUGUGCAACAUACUGGCCAUUCUUGAGAAGAAAGUUGUGUUCAAUGUUAGUUUUGAAGUAAAUGGAACUGUGCCCAUAAAUCUGACUAGUAGUGUAGAUAGAAAGUUGCCUAAUGUAGACUCAAAUUUUGAGAAUUUGGUCAUUACACAGCCCUUGACAUGCACAUUAGGGACAAGCUUAACAUCCGAACACUGCAGUUCUUCAGUGUCAGAUGGCAGCUACACCAUAGGAUUAGCCACUUCUUCUCUUCCGUUGGAUUCUCUUGGAGCAGAAACACCUGAUGUAUCACAGAUAAAACCAACUAAAACACUAGUUAAAGAACCUGACAAGAAGGAAGAUUUCCCUUCAUCUGCUUCUAUAAAAGACGAUUAUGAUCAAGAAAAGGAAACCAUACUUCUUGCAGAAGUGUCAUCUGUUCAGGAACUUCCUGCUGGCGUCCCUACAACUUUAACUGUAUUAAUUUAUCCGGAGGAAGAGAGUCCGGCAAGGGUACAAGAAAAAUUUAAGGAGAGCUUAGAUGCUCAGGCAAAGACACCAGUACGUGAAAGUGGAUUUAUGAAGGUGGAGGUGUCUGAGGAGCUUCCAACAUUGACUGAAACUGACCAACAGCAGCAACAUGCAGGUGGAAAUGAGAAACAGAGUGAAGUAAUGUUUGAGGAGAAGUAUCAAGAAAGUCAAGACAGUCUGUCACUUGACUUAUUUCUUUCUGAACUGAAAGAUCUAGACAUGGGGAUGGACACCAGUAGCAGUUCAGCUGUUAACUCUGCCACUGCCACUGCCACAACUGUGUCUCCACCAACUCUUUCACAGACACAGCAAGUUCAGAAGGAAUCUGUGUUUGUUCGCCUCUCCAACAGAAUUAAGGCUUUGGAACGCAAUAUGUCUCUAAGUGGGCAGUACCUAGAAGAACUUAGCAGACGUUACAAAAGACAAGUGGAAGAAAUGCAGCGAGCGUUCAACCGUACUCUUGUUGCUGUGGCAGAAGAAAGUCGCAAGGGAGAGGAACGUGAGCAGAAGCGUGUAGAGGAAAUGGUAGCACUUCAGAAACAGCUAGCAACAUUAACGUUUGCAGUUGAGAUGCUUCUUUCAGAAAGAGAUAGCUGGCAACAUAAGGCAGCUGUUAUAGUACAGCAUGUGGUCCUCAUAGUAAUUGAGGUGACAAUAUUUGGCGUUAUUCUGUACUUUUGCCGACGUCUGCCAGACACAAGUGUGAAAAGUACACAACAUAAGUGGAGUUUUGGAUGGCGUAUUCAGCAGGGGAAGGACAGUAAAAUAGCACCAAAUCGUCGAAGAUCUGCUGAAGGAGUGAGUGGCCAUGAAGCCCAAAAGGUUCAUAAUCGUAGGCCUAGUGCAGAAGCUCUGAAGAUCUCUGGCACUUACAGUGACCUUCUCAUUGAGUCUCAUAAUGUUGAAGUUGAUGGUGGGACUGGAACAGUACCCAAAUUAGAAAAUAAGCGGAGAAGACGCAAAAGAAAAGAUACAUUACAUAAAUCCUCAUCAAGUGCAAAUCUCAGUUCAAGAACAGGUGGAAGAAGGGUUUCAGAAUAUCUUCCCAAUUUAGAGGACUCUGGCAGGAGUGAAAAAGAGGGCAGUGGUUUAGUGCAUCAACAGUCUGUGCCUGAAUCUCCAGUUGCAAGGCACAGUGGUCUUCAUAAUCUUAAUCAAGGUCAGGAAGUCCUUCCAGUGGUAAUAAAUGGCUUUUCACAUGCAUCUUCUGCUUCGGGAAAAGAAUCUCCACAAGUGAAGACAGAAAUUGAUCUGCCGCAGGGAGUUGAGUUGAAGGAAGAAGAAGUGAUUAUUAGAACUAAAGAGAAAUUAGGAGAAAAUGCACCUGUAUCCCACCAAGGAAAUGGGGCCGUUAAGUCUGUGGGACUCAGUCCUAAAGUUCAACGUUUAUCAUCACCGUUUUUCAUGAAGACAGCAAUGUCUGCUCGUAGUAACCGUACUGGAAACAGCGUAGAACCAAGUCUACAGGCAAGGUUGAAGUCAGACAAUUGGGAGUGGUACAGUAGUCGCCGUGCUGCCAGUGCGACUUCAGAUAAGUCUAGUCAUGGUCCAUUGUCACCUGCCCUGUCCCCAGCUAUCCUGCAUAAUGAAAGUGGGCAUUCUGCAAAUGGUCAUUCCGAAUCUGAAGACUUGGAUCGGACUAGUGAGGCUAUAAGAAGUCGAGGUGUGGAAGUGUCUCAAAGAAACAAUGUUAAGAGAAUGAGUGGCAGCAGUGGACUCAAAAAGAUGGUGAAGAAAUUAUUCUGA